AUUAGAGAGGGAAAAUGAGUUAUUAGUUAGUGGGGCGGGAGGAAGUCGGAAUAUCAGAGAAAUGGUUGGCAUAGGAUGCAUAGCGGGCGUAGGAGUUUAUCAUCCCAGCUGGCACCAUCAUCGAAUUCGAAUUCUCACUUCUAAAUCUGAAGAAACAGUUAAAGUAACACGGUGGUGGUCGUUGUUCUCAGCUUCUGCAUACGAGACUCGUCAUCGGUGCAGGCCCAGGCCCAGGCGUCCUUGUUGUGUGCCUAAGGAUAUAGACGCUGAGGAGGAGGGACCCUCUACUUCGGAGCGACUAGAGUUAGAGUGGAAGCUCCUCAGCAGAAGGAUUGGAGAUUCUGGCAUAAUUUCUUCGUGUUUGGUCGGUCUCCUCACCGGCGUCGCUGUCGUGGUCUUCAAUUAUGCUGUCCAUGAAAUUCGUGAUUUGUUCUGGGAUGGGAUUCCCAAUCGUGGCGCCUCAUGGUUGAGAGAAGCGCCUAUUGAGACAACAUGGGCACGGGUAGUACUAGUUCCGGCGUUUGGAGGCGCUGCCGUGUCUGUGCUAAACCUCCUCCGUUCACGUUUUGAUUCCUCUCUGCAACAAGAUCCUUUCCUCCGAACACCUUCUGCCUAUCUCAAGUCUGCUUCCCGCCCUUUGCUAAAAGCCGUGGCAGCUUCUGUUACUUUAGGCACAGGCAAUUCCUUGGGUCCAGAGGGUCCCAGCGUCGACAUUGGCACUUCCAUUGCCAAAGGCCUCGCUCCUUUCUUUCACAAUGGAAAGACUUCCGGCAGAAUGCUCUCCCUUCUCGCUGCUGGAUCUGCUGCUGGCCUCGCUGCCGGUUUUAAUGCUGCUGUUGCCGGUUGCUUUUUUGCUGUCGAGUCUGUCUUGUGGCCAUCGCCUGCAGACGCAUCUUUACCACUUACAAAUAAUACUUCCAUGGUCAUACUCAGUGCUGUCAUAGCUUCUGUAGUUUCUGAGAUUGGCCUUGGCUCUCAACCAGCCUUUAAAGUUCCAGACUACGACUUCCGGUCUCCCGGUGAGCUCCCGCUGUAUCUAUUGCUGGGUAUUUUAUGUGGCCUGGUGUCAUUGGCCCUAUCUAGGUGUACGUCAUAUAUGUUGACUAUUGUUGACAAUCUGCACAAGGCCACUGGCAUUCCAAGAGCUUCAUUCCCUGUAUUGGGAGGCUUAUCGGUUGGGUUGAUAGCAUUGAUAUAUCCUGAAAUCCUCUACUGGGGUUUUGAGAAUGUUGACAUUUUAUUAGAAUCUCGGCCAUUUGUUAAAGGCCUUUCCACUGAUCUAUUGCUUCAGCUAAUAGCCGUCAAGAUAGUUGCAACUUCUCUGUGCAGGGCUUCUGGAUUAGUGGGGGGGUAUUAUGCCCCAUCUCUUUUUAUUGGUGGUGCAACUGGGAUGGCUUAUGGAAAAUUAAUUAGUUUGGCUGUUGCUGAGUCUAAUCCCAUGAUUAACCUCUCUGUGUUGGAAGUGGCAUCACCGCAAGCUUAUGGCCUGGUUGGAAUGGCUGCAACUCUUGCAGGGGUUUGUCAAGUACCACUUACUGCAGUUUUGCUUCUGUUUGAAUUAACACAGGACUAUAGGAUUGUUCUACCGCUGCUUGGAGCUGUAGGGUUGUCUUCGUGGAUUUCAUCUGUACAGACAAAAAGAGAUGACAGAGUGGCAAAAAAGAUCAAAUCAGAAAAUUCAAAUUCUACAUCACUUUCCAAAAUAUCUUCUCCUAGUUCAAUUGAGUCAUCUGCUGGCAAUACCUUUGCUGAAGCUGCCCCAUAUAUGAGUAAUUUGUGUCAAGUGGAAAGUUCACUUUGUAUAGAGGAUGAUAAUGUUGAAACAACAUAUAUUGUAAGGAGAACAUUUGUUUCAGAAGCCAUGAAGACGAGAUACGUGACGGUUUCAAUGUGCACACUGCUUACAGAAGUAAUAGAUCUCAUGAUUGCAGAGAAACAGUCUUGUGCUGUAAUUGUUGAUACUGAUGAUACAUUAAUCGGUUUCUUGACACUUAGAGACAUUCAAGAGUAUGGUAAAUUUGCUAAAGCAAGAAGCAAAAAAGACAAGGAGCUUUUAGUUUCUGAAUUAUGCCUUUUAGAUGGACAAAUAUGCAGCGUGCCAUGGACAGCUACACCUGAUAUGGAACUUCGUUAUGCUCAAAUGAUAAUGAAGGAGCGCGGAUUCAAUCAAGUUCCAGUCGUGAGGAAUAUCUACGAAAGAACGUAUCCAGUUGGCAUUAUAGACCCUGAGAGUAUCAGGCUAACAUGCAGUGCUUUGGCAACCAGAGAAACCCUCAGCUAAUAUUAAUUACAUUUGGGAGGCUGAAGACUCAUUUGAUAUUUCUUGGUUUUGAAUUAUGAACCAUUUUCGGUAAUUCGAUUGAUUUUGGUUUUGAAUUGUGCCACGUCGGUUCUGUGUUUAUACCUAAAAAGAAGGGCUCAAUUGAGUUGUGUUUAGUUAUUGCUGGAUGAAAUAUAGGUAGAUCCGUAUGAAAGAACUCUUGUAAACUGAUAAAGCUUCUUAUAUUGUUCGAUAUUUGAUUUGCAGGGAUCGAUUUGGUACGUCAA